CUCUCUCUCUCUCUCUCUCCCCUUCCUCUCGUCCCUUCCUGCCGGCCUCCGAGCAGAGGAUGUGUCUGGGAGUGUGAGAGAGGAAGAUUGACGUUGUGGGCCCUCCGGGCAGGGCAGUCUCUUAGUGGUGGAACAGUGGACGGUUGUACAAUAAGGCUAAAUGUCAGACGGAGACAGGAAUGGCUGUGACAAUCAUGAAGAUACCCCAGUCCCAGUGGAAGUGUGGCCAGAGGUGGAGAAAGCUGAGUGCUUGGCUCGGGGUGCUGCGCUGAAGUGGGCCUCGGGUGUUUUUUGUCAGCCAGAGCAUUUGGAAAGACUCGGGCAAUACAGGAAACGGGAAAGCCAACGGACUGCAUCGAUUAAUUCUAGAUUAAAGUCAGUUGUACAGUCCUACCUGGAAGGUGUUGACUGGGGUCUUGGUCAACUAAGGGAGGCAAGAGCUGAACUGAGUGAGGCAUCUCAUGACUUGCACAAGGCAAGCCUGGAGUCCAAGAAAAAUUCAGAAGAGGUCACUGUACUAGAGACGCUUCGGGAAAUGUCAAUCAAUCACUGCCAGCUCCUUGCUGCAGUUAGCAACUUGCCACGCCUUUAUAAAGUGCAAAGUAUGGUGCUUGAGACAGAGAGGCUAGUGGAGUCUAGGAGGCUACUAGAGGCUCAUGCUCGGCUAAUGGAACUAGAGCACUGGCAGGAUGAAGUUCUGCUACAGCUCCGUGGACCUAGGGUAGCAUUGGGAACAGGACUAACUUCUGAGGAUGAGGAUUUGGUGCGGAAUUAUUUCUCAGGUGUUGGACGCUUGGUGGAUGCACUUGCCAAGGAGCUUUGGGCAGUGGUUGGGAGUGGGUUGUCACUCUCUCGCCAAAACCCCACACCUUUUGUGUCGGCUGUACGUAUAGUGGAACGUGAAGAAGCAUUAGAUCAGUUCUUUCUGGAGGAGCGAAGGUCUAUAGGACAUAGCAGACCUAUGCCCCCUGGGAGACCACGAUGCUGGAGAGAACGUUUUUUCAAGGUCAUGGAGGAUGCAGCAUCAGCCCGCUUCCGUAGCAUUUCCUACUUGCACACCCGAGGACCAGGGCUUGCUAGUCACUUGUCUGCACUACAGCAUGGUAUAAUGGGAGAUCUUGCAACAGUGCGGCAUAUUUUGGAACAGUGUGUUCCACCUCACUAUCAUCUAACAAGAGCCUACCUGCGCUCCUGCCACCAGUUCUUGCAGGCCCAUCUUGGGCUAGUAAGUGGAUGGGAGCUAGAAAGUGGGGAAAUUUUUGCGGUUCUUAACUGGGUUCUGCACAUUUACAGCAGCUCAGAGAUGAUGGGUGAUCCAGACCUUGAGCCUGAGCUAGACGUCAAGGACCUAGGACCUCUGAUAUCUCAGGAAGGUCUCGAGCAGCUACAGAAUAAAUACGUACAAAAAGUUCGGAAGAGUGUCUCAGAGUGGAUGCAAAAGGCUCUAGAGGUGGAGCUGACAGACUGGCAGAGGGACCAAGAACCAGACAUUGACCAUGAGGGCUGCUAUCACACCAGCCUUCCAACCAUCAUCACUCAGAUGCUAGAAGAAAAUUCACGAGUGGCGUUGAUGAUAAGUGAAGUUCUGCGGGAUCAGACAAUCCAAAUGGGUCUUUAUGAGAUGGAAAACCUUCUUAUCCGAUUUCGAGAUGCAAUCAUAGAAUUUGGUAAGGAGCAUCGCAAGAAUCCAGCAACAAACAGUAACAAGUUCUAUCUCCAUUAUCUCCUGGCCUGCAUCAACAACUGCAUCAUCCUCAAAACCUCCACAGAAAGUCUGCAGCAGCAGUUGUGUUCCUACCCUUCAAACCGGUUUUCCCGUAUUCCACUCGGGCCUCAGGCCGGUCUGGAUCGUGCUGUGAGAAAGGCCUGUCGCCUAGUCAUGGACCAUCUACUGUCUGACUUGCAGCCACACCUACAAGAACUCCUGUCUCGUACCUGGCUGGUCCAGGAAGAUGUAACCCAAAAAAUGUGUGGGGUUCUGGAACAUCACUGUGACUUGUACAACAGAGUGCGUCAGCCUUGUCGGCAGAGACUAAAGGAAGAAUGUCAGUGGUUAACUGUUGUUGAGUAUAUUCGUGCACUGAUGCAGAAGAGACUGGUCUGUCGAAGUGAAGAUGAGCGAUGCCAUUUGGCCCAGCGUUUAUCACAGGAUGCUCAGCAGCUAAGAGAACACUUUCAGAACACGGGGACUGAUGGAACAACAGGUGAAGUGAAUCCCACCGCUUUGAUACUUGCACUGGCAGAUUUAAUAAAUGUGAAAGAUCCAGGCAUGUUAACACUGGAGAUUUCUGAAUUGGUAACCAAGUAUCCUGAUAUUAGUGAGGAACAUGUCUCUGUGCUGUUGGAUGUAAGAGGGGAUGUCCCCAAAGAUGUUCGGGGGUCUGUACUAGAUUUUCUGGAGCAGAGUGCCCCAGCUGUACCGUCAGGAUACCGCUCAAUCUUCUCAGAAAUACUUGUACCCUCUUCCAGGAAACAGUUUUGUCUGCCUACGGCAAAGUGCACUUGACAACCAUUCAGAUGAAUAAGACCAACUGUAUCUGUCUUUGUCAACAAGAAAUUCAUCUUUAAUUCAUAACUACUAAAUAUGCCUAUUUAUUUUCUGUUACAUCAUUUCUGACCAAUGCCUUGUUAUAUUAUUAAAAUAAACUAAAACAAAAAUAUUAAACAAAAUAUGUAAGUGCCUUAAAUGUGUAAUGCAAACCUAGCAAAUGAAGAAAUGUAAGUUUCUGUAAUUCAUUAUUUAAUUCAUCUUUUUUUAUUGUGGAAGACAUAAGGUAAUAUUUAGUCUAUUGUGAUUCACACUGUCAAGCACUAAAAAGGACUUAGGGGCGGUUUCUCGGACAGGGCUUAUCCUAGUCUCAGACUAAAAUCCAUGUUUGAGCUGUCCUAAUUUGAAAACACUUAAUCUUAACAUAUAUCAGUGCCAUUGUUUUGUCUCAAGAUGCAAACCUGUGUUGUUUUUUGUACGGUUUGUUUUUAAAAACUACUUAAAUGUCUAAUAUUACUAAGGCCUAGUCCUGGAUUAAUCUAAACCCUGUCCGGGAAACCGCUCCUUAAAAUAUUAAGUAGACCAUGCACCGCUACAAGUCUUAAAAGCUUGGAAUAUCCAUUAGUAAAUCAGUGGUAUGUUUAACUUUAUGGUAAACUGGUAAUUUGGCAAUUUGAUUCAUCAUGUACUGUCAUGGUAUUUCAAAAAGCAGAUCAUAUAAUACAUUUCUUUUUUGUGAUCUUUCCCUUUUUGGGAGGAAAAUAUGAAUAAUUGGCCACUUUUAGAAUGCAAAUGUUAUUGAUCAGAUAUUUUGCUUUAUACCAAAGUAUGGCUUUUCAAAAACGUAUAUAUUGUUGUUCACUGUGUAUAUUGUGGUUGACUAUUGGACAAUAAAACAAUGCAUUUUAAUAUAAAAUUUA